AUGUCCGAAUUCCAGAAGAACCAACAAAACAAUGAAGGAGCAAACAAUUCCCUUAAUAUUACUGCAGCCUUGUACUGGGAUAUCAACUGUGUUUCCAUUAGCCGAAAGAUCGUUAACGGCACUCACUCCAAAGAAGAUAGUGAAAUCUAUGCGCAAAUGAAAAAUUCCACAGACGUAUUUAUCAGCCAAGUAAUGACUGGCUGUUUCACAGCAUUGCAAACUAAUAGCUUAAGUCGAUGCACUUCAUUCAUUAACGAGUUCGGCUGGAAACUCCUCGCUAUAUGUGCCCACUCCGAAGCCUUCCGUUCUGCAGGCGAGAACCUUAACGAAGCAGACUGGCUCUCUUUCAAAAAUCUUCUUGCCCAAAACCAAAGGAGUGUAGAAGUUUUUGCCAAUUCGCGUGAUCUAGAGUGGCGUGGUCCACUUCUACCUUACGCUUCUAGUAACUUAUUGCCAGGACUACGAGAAGCACUAACGCCUGAUAUCAAUCUUGCACAGGAGCACCCACACCACCUAGUGCAGCUGCCUGAUGGUCAUCUUAAGCGACCAACACAUAGAGGUCUAGCGCAGGUAAAUAUCUCAUCCUCAAUUGAUUACAAAAACCCAAAGAUAAAUCUCCGCACGCCGCAGAUGAGAGCAUGCUACUUAUGCCGUAGCCCUCAGACUUGUGAGUGUCGCCACAUAUCUAUGGUUGGUGAUAUGGUUGAGCUAGUUGAGCAUCUAGAAAAAGGUGUUACGGUGCGAGCUCUCGCUAAUUUCAGAAAGGGGGAACAUCUAGGUGAGUUCUCUGGUCAAAUAUAUCCCGAGUCACACAGUUACAGAGAGUCUGUUUAUAGCCUGCUUCUCAAUGCAUAUGAUGCUGAAGCUAGGCAAAAUCUUAAUGUUGGAACAGUCUUUCCAGAUCAAUAUGGCAAUUGGACACGCUUUAUUAGUCACUCGUGUGAGCCUACGGCUCGUUUUGUGAACCUGAUUGUGGGCAAUGAGGCAAUAUCUGAUGUUCAGGCUGAGCGAUCUAUAUCUAUGUUUGAGGAGCUCACGGUCGAUUAUGGCGAGGAAUACUUUAAAACCAGGCCUAUUUUUUGUCGUUGUGGAACCAAAUCUUGUAAAAAGCCUCCCCCAUCCGAGGACUAA